AUGAGGGAAGUUCCCCGUAGAUCCCCACCCAGACCCCCACCCAAUAUACAAGAGGACUCACCAGUAAGACAGGCGGCGCCCCCACACAUGGCCAGGUCUAUCCGCCUCAUUUACAGGACCCUGCAACUGACCCACCAUCUGUCCUGCCUGUCAGAUGAACACGGGGCGAAAGGCAAGGAGAGGAUCCAUAGUCUGGCAAAUGACCUUAAAAGCAUGAUCAAACCCGCAGCCCUUAAUGAGACGACAAGACAACUGUUGAAUGAAAAUGCACGCACCUGGGGACAAGAAACCAUUAAAAUUCUCAAAACACACUACGAAACAGAGAUAAAAUACAACGUGGACCAAAUGGAUAGCAUCGUGGACCAUGACUGGGUGGAUGCAUUCAUGGUAGCCAAGAGAUGGGCCAAAAACAGUCUGCCUAGGAUCAAACAGACCACAUUACAGCAAGUAGAGGACCUAAUUCUGGAUGGGGCCUGUUUUAAGAGAAACCCAAUCGAACUGGACAUGAGCACACUGACUGAAAACACUCCCGACCCCUCUAAAAACUCACCUACCGCCCAAGAACGUGGGGACGAGGCUAAUACACCAGUUAGAAGGAGGGGCACAGGAGUGAGCUUCCCCCAGGACUCCUCCACACAGCCGCCCCCGGAGCCCACAACCAGCUCGCCCGGGCCUUCGCAACGGGAACCACGCUCGGAGCUAAGUGAUCGCACCGACGCUGACCCCCCGCCAGCACUGCAAGCAAACUUUGACCUGGAGCCAGCCACAGACUCGGACACGGAUGAGGAAGAGGGAAGCCAAGUCUACAAAAUAGAAAAACAUAAGGUUACCAACAGGAAGAAGGAGGACUGGUCCUUGAGAGUGACCAGGCCCGUUUUGAUCCUGGGAGAUUCUAAUGUCGCCAGGAUCAAGGAUCACACCUUUCCCUUCCUUCAAAUCGACAGCUUUCCCGGAGCCAAUCUACUUCACGCGACAGAACUCCUCAGGAACACACCAAAUCAGCCCCAAGUAGAGCGUGGUCCUCUCCUUUGGGCUGAACAACAGACAGCAAAAACAGAGCGAGACAGGCAUUAA